AUGUUGAAACUACGCCAAUUGCAACAACAGAAACAGCAACAACUUGCUAAAAAUGCUGGUUCAAGUGUCAAGGCCAAUACAAAUAGCACAUCUCCAGCAAAACUUAGACUACAAAAGGACAUCGAAGAGUUAGAGCUGCCACCAACCGUUAGGGUCAACAUUAUCUCUCUAGAUAACCACAAAGAAAUGUCACUCAAUAUAAUAAUAAUUCCAGAUGAAGGUUUCUAUAAAGGGGGCAAAUUUAGAUUCACAGCAACCUUCUUGGAAACUUAUCCAAUAGACCCUCCGAAGGUCAUCUGCAACAACAAGAUCUUCCAUCCAAACAUUGAUCCUCAUGGCAAAAUUUGUCUCAAUAUCCUCAGAGAAGACUGGUCACCAGCACUUGAUCUACAAUGCAUCGUGUUAGGGCUACUCUCUUUGUUCCAAGAACCCAACGGUAAUGAUCCACUCAAUAAAGAAGCUGCAGAGGUCCUUAAUAAGGAUAAGCUAGAGUUCGGAAACUUAGUAAGACUGGCUAUGUCAGGUGCAAUGGUUGGCAGCACAUACUAUGAGUGCGUCAUAUAA